GCUGUGAGGUCAGUGUUGAAGAGAAGAUCACAAUGCUGUAGCAUAUGUUUAAAAAUGGCGAAGUGUGUAGCGGUCGUGUUAGUAAAAUGUAAGCCCAGAGCGAUUAUUCAAAGGCAUUUUCCUAAUGCCUUUACUCUGUACGUUCGAAACCGUACGGUAGAUGAACUGAGAUGUAGGUAUGCAACUUAUUCUAAUAUACCAGAGAUAAAUUUAGAAGAUGGUGUGGCAAAGAAGGCCAAAGUCAGUAGGGCAAUGCGAGCAUAUCUUGAAAGGGCACAGCAGCAUGAUGAAUUUCUGAAAGACCAGUUGCAUCAGUAUAAUGUUGGUAAGAGACACUUGGCAAACAUGAUGGGAGAGGAUCCUGACACUUUCACGCAGGAAGACAUUGAUAAAGCCAUAGAGUACUUGUUUCCAUCAGGCCUCUUUGAUCCAAAGGCUCGCCCUAUGAUGAAACCUCCAAAUGAGGUCUUUCCUCCAAGAAAAGCUGCUGAAUUUGAUGAGAGUGGACGUCCACAUAAUUUUCUAUUUUAUACUGGGAAGUCUAAUUUAUAUCAGCUGUUGUUUGACAUUGUAAGUCACAUGAAUUCAUUAAAUGAAUUUGAAGAUAAAAUGAUCCAGAAACACUUGACACCAGAUACGACUCAAGCGCUGGUCACCGCAGGAUAUGUGUGGUUACCAAAGAAUGAGAUUGAAAGAACCCUCGUUGAAAACCUGAAGGACAGAGAGUAUUCAAAUCUCAUCUCCGUUUUGGAACGACUUCUUGAGCAUCCUUACUCGUACCGAAUCAAAGAUUUUAUUCAAAAAUUCAGAAAACCAAUGUUGAGCCAGACGAGUCUUUUAGACAUUCCGAAGCCUCAAUAUGCCGCAGAUGGGAGAGCGUAUGUAACUACAGAAAAUUGUUUAAGGAAAUCUGCCCGUGGUGAAGUCACAGUCAGAUCACCAGGAACUGGGCUAAUCACCAUCAACAACAAGUCCAUUGAAUAUUUUGAGCACAUUCAAGACAGGGAGCAGCUGUUGUUCCCUCUGAUCUUUACAAAUAUGAUCGGUAUGGUGGAUGUGGAGGCGACUGUAACUAGCGGAGGACCUUCCGGACAGUCUGGAGCUAUCAGAUGGGGGAUAGCUUGUGGACUGCGCAGCUUUGUAAGCCAGGACAUGGUUGAUAAAAUGAGAAUUGCUGGGCUGUUACAGCUGGACUACAGGAAACAUGAACGGAAGAAGCCGGGACAAGCUGGAGCCAGAAAGAAAUACACAUGGAAGAAGCGUUGAGCACAAAGCACUUCUUAAUAUUGAUGUAUUAGUUUUAUAUAUUAUUAAUUUCAAUAAAUUCUAUUAAUAAUA